CUUCAUUUGUAUUUUCAUUAACAACAAUCACAUUGACUUCUACUUACCACUGUGUACAUUCUUUGCUUCAGUCUAUAUCUACUGAGCCUUAUCCUUCACUGUCUCUAGCUACCAGACCUCUCGCGAACACAAGUUUAUAAUCUGUCUGCAGCAUCCACGUUUCUCGCGACUGCAAUCCUGCCGACUAUUCCAAACAGAAUAUCUGAAAACAACAUAAUGCCUUGCUACCACGAGAUGUCGCAUUUCUCUCAAGUCCCUGCUCGCAUGGAGCGAAGGGACUCAGUCAGCUCUCUGGUAUCAGUUUCGUCUAUCAUGGAGGACGAUUCCUUGGUUCAUCGGCCAUCCAUGUCCUAUGUGAAUGUACCUGACAGCUCUCUCCACGACCUCUCCGGCCAUGCCAGAACCAACGGUUACCUUUACAUCUGCUGCCAGUGCCAAGAUGGACCCAAAUUAUACAACAACCAACCCCAAUGCGUUAUGUGCCAGCACGUUGUCUGCUCGGACUGCCGCCAUGUGAAGUAAUGAUCUAGAACAUUUCGACCGCUGGAGGUAAGAGUUUCCAAAGUGAAUACUAGCGUGGUAUUUGAAAGCUGACAUGUUUCCGUAU